UUUCUUUAGUAUUGGAACGCGUUCAGCAUCCACGCGCAGCUCUCCCUGAUUCCCCCAAAAGCAGCGCUUCGACACUCUCAGAGCGUGCAUUUAUUGGCACUGUUGAAAGGGGACUAUUAGGUAAGGAUCAUGGAAUAGCAGACAACAUCUGGAAAAGACUACUCUGAACAAGGCACAAAUGGAUGAGACAAAUGAGAAAUCAGAUGUCAUCUCUAUGGCUGAUUCCUCCGUCACACUCGAGGACAUUGAAGAGGAGCUGUUCAAAAUUGAGCGACUACGAAACGUGCUCGUGCGGAGAGAAUCAGAGCUGAGAUACAUGAUGGACGACAUUCAGUUGUGUAAUGAAAUCACAAGGCUGAAGGGAGAGCUGCAGAAACUGGUCUCAAAUGCAGACAAAGACAAAUCUGAGGAGGAUAGAACAAGGGAGGAGGAGCUGCUACAGCAGAUCAGCAAGCUCGUGGAGACCCGAGACUUUCUUGUCGAUGACGUGGAGUUUGAGCGGCUCAGAGAAAGAGAAGAAGACAGAGAAAUGGCAGCAGUCUUGCAGCCCAAAUUCCAAACUACUUCGGGAACGAAAGGUGCUUUGCAAGAACAGAAGGUGGUGUCCAAAUCGCCACACACUUCAGCACCAUUUAUCACUAAAACAGGAAUAACGCUACUGAAAGACUGCUGCGGCUUCACAUGCUCAAUUAUGUAACGCAUCCUUGUGCCUGCUUACACCGCAUUGUGUGCGCACCAGUAUUUGCUGUUGCUUGCUAGACGUCUGUAAUUUUACAGUGAGGGAAAGUGUUAGCAACGUCGCAAAAAAAUUGAGACAUUUGCUUCUCAGCAUUGAAAUUUUUCAAAUGUUGGUCAAUCAAACACCUGUCGUGAGUUUUUUUUCUUCUUUCAUCUCCUUCGUGGAGUAAAUCCACUUGUGGGGUGGGGGGGGGUGGAUAUCAAAAGUGCUUUCAAAAUUCACUGAGCGUCAACUUAGGUUCACUUGUAAAGGUUAUAGGCCCACAAGACAAAAACUGUAUGUCCUUAAAACCGUCAAUGGCGCCCCAAUGAGGAGGCCAGUGGUGGCCACGGCAACCCCUAAAAAUUUACUAGCCACCCCAUUGGCUAGUAUAGUGCAGUAUAGACAUAAGAUAAUUAAUAAUAACUAAAUGAGCCAAAAUAUGUCAGUAGACAUUUCCUAAAAAGGACAGACAACACUUUUAUCAUGUGCAUCUUAAUGGAAAUAAUAUGGUUUAAGAAAUACAGAAUUUGUUUUUUCCUACGAGUAAUAGUGGAGAAAACCUAAAUAAAAGCCAAUAUUUCCAUGAAGUGGCCACCCGAUAUGUGGGUUUACCACUGCUGGUACUAUUUAUCCAAUCAAAUGAGAGUAUUCAAGAUUGCCCGCCCUUCCUUGCAAAGUCAGUAAUACCCAUUGCCCCAUGUAAUUGUGUUCGUGUGUUCCAGUGUUUAUGUGCGCUGGUAUAACUGACAUCACAAAUUGGCCACCUGGGGGGGCUCUAAAACUCACUUGUCUUCUUCACCGAUGGGCGGUCGUAGUUCAUUUGAACUUUUUUUGUCCAUUAUCAGAGGUCUAAGAAAGUCUUGAUUUCCUUACCUAAAUACUUUAAUAAGCCUUUCACAUCAAGCUCAUUUACACUAAGUGUUGUCUGUACCUUUAAGUUUUCUACUCACCAGUUACAGUGGGGCAAAUAAGUAUUUAGUCAACCACUAAUUGUUCAAG